CCAACAAAAUGGUUAUGACGAGCGAACAGAACUCAUCGACUUCUGCAGCGAACAAGCAGAAGAAGCAACGGCAACGCAAUCGGCCCAGAAACAAACGCAACCGAUUGGAAGAUAACGAGGCUCAGCCAAGCAGCGACAGUGCAAUGCAAAAAUCCAACAGUAAUCCAGCGGCGGAUAAGACCCGCGAGCAGGUGAUGGCCGAGCGAGAGGCCAAAAAGCAAGCGAAGCUGGCCAAGAAGCAGAAACCCAACACGCCAGCCACAACAAUCAUAACACAAGUAGAGCAAACGACAAUCACAAAAAAGCUAACGACCACAACAACCACAACGACGAAAGAACAAAACCAACUCCAGCUAGCAGCAGCCGCGCCCGCGCCCGCAUUUGAUGACACCGUCACAAGUAACGCAGUUCAGGUCACCGCACAAAACUCAACAGAUUCCUUAACCAACGCCGCGGGAGCUGGCGAAAAAACGCGCGACCAAAUCAAAGCAGAGCGUGAGGCGAAAAAGGCCGCCAAACAUGCUGCAAAGUCCAACAAGGCCAACAACGUGGAUGAUGUGGCUCAGCAAUUAAACAACGUACAAAUCACUCCCAAGACGGCAGUUACCGAAACUGCUGCAGCGGGAGCAUCAGAUCAAGACAAGAAAAAACCAGCGCUAAGCAAGGCGGAGCGUCGUGCGAUACAGGAGGCGCAACGCGCGGCCAAGGUGCAGGGACAAAACAAAAAAGCGACACCAACGACGCCCGGUGCAGCUAAAGCCGCGGCAAAGAGCGUUAAGGCGACGCCUGUUGUCAGUGCUACGCCCGUUAAGGAGCAAAAACGAGAGAGUGAAUCACCCGCCAAGUCGCCAUCAAAGCCAACAACGCACAAAGCAGAACGAGAGUGGAAUGUGAAGCUGUUCAAUCAUUUGGUGAGCGCUGACAAAGACGCUAGCUUAUUCAUAAACGAUGCCAGUGUGCAUCCCAGCAUUGCUCGGCUGGGUGUGCAGUAUGCCCAGCGUACUAUUGUUGGCUCCAAUGCGCGCUGCAUCGCUUUCCUGCAUGCGCUGCGACAGGUGGUGCAGGACUUUGAGACGCCCGCGAAGAAGGAGUUUGGACGCAGUCUCGAUGCGGCAGUCAAACAUCAUGUCGAACAUCUGCACAAGUGCCGACCUCUGGCCGUGUCCGUAUCCAAUGCCUAUAAGCAGUUCAAGAACCAGUUGACGCAGCUGCCGGACACACCGGAAACCGAGUUAAAGGAGCUGCUCGGACACUUUAUAGACACCUACAUAGAGAAUCAGAUUGGCAAGGCUGCGCAGGCCAUCAGCAGCUCGAUGCAGGAGAAGAUUACAGACGGCGAUGUGCUGCUCACUUUUGCCUGUUCCUCGCUCAUACAGUUUAUCUGCGAGGAGGCCCAACGUCGCCAAGUGUCCUUUCGUGUUAUUGUUGUAGAUUCGUGGCCUUUUUGUGAGGGACAGGAGAUGCUGCGCCGACUUCACGCCUGCGGCAUACCCUGCACCUAUGUGCUGAUCAACGCCAUCAGCUAUGUAAUGCCGGAGGCCACCAAAGUGAUGCUGGGAGCGCAUGCACUGCUAGCCAAUGGAUAUGUUAUGGCUCGAACGGGCACAGCCCAAGUGGCGCUCGUAGCUAACUCCCAUAAUGUUCCCGUGCUAGUCUGCUGUGAGACGCACAAGUUCAGUGAGCGUUUCCAAACUGAUGCUAUUGUCUAUAACGAGCUGUGCGAUCCCAAUCAACUGGUGAAGAAUGGCAAAUGUUGUCUCCAUAACUGGCAAACAAAGAACCGGCUAACGCCGCUCAAUCUGAGCUACGAUAUAACGCCUCCCGAACUGGUCAGUGCCGUUGUCACCGAGGUGGCCAUUCUGCCCUGCACCAGCGUGCCCGUCAUUCUGCGUAUUAAACCAGAUAUUGGCUAUUAGAGCUCAACAUCUUGUUGCUAUCUUUUCCAUGGAGUCGACAAAAGAAUUGUAUAAUUUAUUGAGAAAUUAAAAUCCGUGUCUCGAGUCAGUGCGGCAUUUGUUGAAUAAAUAAUCCUUUUUAUUAUACUUUUGAUCUAACAUUUUUGCAUAGUACCAUUUACGGCUUGUAAAGCAGAUAAAUUGUCUGACAGCUUGUGUAGUACACUUUACGAUAGUUUUCUUUAAUAUUUUUUAACUGUAUCCAUGCAAUUGUAUGCUAAUAUGUUUAAGUAUACAUAUGUAUGUAUUAAUAUGUAAGCAAUUGUACUUCUUAUUUGUGUGAGAUAAAUGAGGCAAGAACAGACCGAUCCGAAUUUCGUACAUUUUCUCAAAGUAAAAUGAGCAGAAAUAUUUGAGCCUGUUGAAAAUACGUUGAUAGUUCAAACUCUUAAAGAACAAAUUUGGAUGUGGAAUGCUGUCUGAAUAGAGAUUCUGUAACAUUAAGAUAUAGUUUUUGUUUUUGUUAGUCGUACUUAAAAAAAAGUGUAAUACAUAAAUGCCAGUCAAGGCUGCAGAUUGUGUCAAUCCCUUUGAAAUACGAAUUAUAUUUGGGAAUUCCCAUUUUUGGAACAGGUCUGACACUUAGAAAUUUCAAAAUCAACAACAUAAAAUAGUUUUGUGCCCGACUAGGGCACAUUUUUGGUGCACGGCUAGUUUAGAAUGUUUUUUUGAUUUGCGCGCGUCGAAGGUGCUUUUAAGUAGCUACAACUACAAAUGCAACAAUAAAUAUAUUAUAAUAAUAUGUAUAUAUAUGUAUAUCUGUGUUAGUAUGUGUAUAUGUAUUUUAUGCCACAAAAACGCACCCGAAACAAACACGUCCACUCUCUCGCACGCUGUCCACAUUCACUCCACGUCACAUGCUCAACAAUUUAUAACUAGGAUUAUGCUAGAAUUGGGCUUAUGGACUCUGCUUUUGCAUCUGUCGGUAGCAGCCACGACAAACGGGCACCGCCUUGCCGCUAUCGUGUCCAGGCAAUGCCGCGUUCUUAUCAAUGCAACGCUCACAGAAGAUCUCGCCACAACGCCAGCAAUGUGUCUGCGAAUUGGAAAGCACGUAAAUUGAAUGAACUUUUGUUGCUGCUGUUGGUGCCACUCACCUUCUUGCUGAACUGAUCGAAGGGCGUGGAGCAGGAACAGGUGGUUACGUUUCGCAUGGACUUCCAAUCCAGUGCCACGGAAGAGAUUUCCUCGGUCAAAGUCUGGGGGCUCGCCUGUUCGGCAUUUAACGAGAGAUUGGCAAAUGACAUGUUGCUCGCCUUCAGCGGAUGAUCAUCAUCAGCGGCGGACAAUUCGCUUAGCUUCUUGUCAUAAUUGUAUCUGAAAGGCAUAAUUAAGACGAUUAGGCAUUAAAGGAAAUACAAGAUUCAA